UACUUGCGGGACUCAAACGAUUCCAAGGUGAUACUACUCAACAGCUAGCUAUCCAGGCUCAAAGCGGAAUAACACAUGUGAAAGUGGUAGGAGAGUGAUUCGUUGAGCAGGAGCUCGGUCUCUCCCCUCGUUGGCUGGGUUGUACACGUCAGCAGUCAAUAAGUUGUACUAAAAUGUAUCAUAGUCCUAUCACCCUCUUCCUGGUAUGAGCGCGUUGACACAUUUUACUUACUUCGGGUGGUAAAAAGGAGAGACGUAAGUGUUCGGCUAAUGACAAGGCGUUGUGUUGUGGGGGACAGCCGUGGAAGAGGAGAAGGAGCCGUGGAGAAGCCACACGGUUUAAGACACGGUCACGCGACGUUGCGUGCGUCUGUUGGAAGAGUCGCACGAGGGGGGUACGAUGGACAGACGUCUCAGAUGAAGUCGCGCGCGACCCUGUGAAUGGAAUCCGCUGCUAUCGUACUCCAAAGUUGCCGUUUUUAUUUUUUAACUUUAAGAAAAUGAGGUUCCGGAUACACAAAAAGAAUCUGCUGGUGCUUUUGGGUGUUUCCUUUGUAUUGGUGACUCUCUUGAUUUCGACGCGCGUGUUGAUAGUUUCUGACAGCGACGUGAGCGACAGCGUCGGCGUCCUUCAGGUGAACCGUGGCGUGCGUUCCAGCGAACCAGUGAAGUUUAACUUCGCCUCGCUGUCAGAGUUGACUCAGUCCGUUUACAUUGCCAAUUACAAGCAGUGUGUUCACAAUGCAGAUAAGUUUCCAGGGGAACCUCAGCUGGUGCUGGUCGUGCAGGUCCACAACAGGCCUGAGUACCUCAGACUGCUCAUAAGAUCACUAGAGAGAGCCGCUGAGGUCCACAGCUUCCUCCUUAUCUUCAGUCACGACUACUUUUCAGAGGAAAUCAACACAAUUGUGCAAGGGAUAACAUUUUGCAAGGUGCUGCAGAUUUAUUUCCCCUUCAGCAUUCAGCUGUAUCCCAGUGAGUUUCCUGGGCAGGACCCACGAGACUGUCCCCGAGACACAUCCAAGGACAACGCUCUGAAAACAGGAUGCCUCAAUGCAGAACACCCUGACUCAUAUGGUCACUACAGGGAAGCCUUCAUCACUCAAACCAAACACCACUGGUGGUGGAAGUUGCACUUCGUGUGGGAACGAGUGCAGGCGAUGCAGGGCUACAGCGGCUUUGCAAUAUUUCUGGAGGAGGACAACUACAUCUUACCUGACUUUUUCCAUUUUUAUAAAUCAAUGAUAGAGUUCAGGAAGAAAGGCUGCCCGGACUGUGAUAUGCUGGCUUUGGGUAACCACAAUGGCCUGACUGAUUUUACCAGACUGACCAAUAAGGUGUUGACCACGGGGUGGAUGUCCACUAAACACAACAUAGGCAUGGGCAUUUCCAGAGAGGUGUACUACAAGCUGAUGGGCUGUAGCAACGAGUUCUGCACAUAUGACGACUACAACUGGGACUGGACAUUGCAGCACCUCUCUGGAACCUGCAUAACGAAGCCCCUUAAAGUGCUCGUAGCGCAGGGCUCCAGGGUUCUACACACUGGAGACUGCGGCCUUCACCAGAAGGAGAACUGCCGGCCUGAAUGGGCUUCGCAGAGGGUUGACGAGGGCCUACAAACCGCCAAAGAGGGCCUCUUUCCUCCGUCUCUCGUCCUCAGUAGUGCAGAAACAGUGGAGCACAAAACGCACAUGAUGAACGGAGGAUGGGGAGACAUUCGAGAUCACAGUCUAUGCAAUAAUUACGCCAAACGCCUUUAAAGUUUGCCUUUUCUGCCAUAUAUGUCAACAAGUAUUCUUCAGACGUGCCAUUUUAAACAAAUUUUCAGGGUUGUAGAGGCCGUGAUGGGUUCUGUUUUCACUCUGAGCUCUGAUUUUUCUUGAGGAGUGUAACAAAGGGCUUCCAUUAAAGUGGGACUGAAUCUGUUGAAACAUGUUGCAUGAUGAACACAAUUCAACUUGUGUUUAAAUCUUUCACUUUUUAGCCACACCAAAGCUGCACAGGUGCCAAAGUCAUUCCUUUUAUUCCUGUUGUGUGGAAUGCACACACGCAUUUGUCCUGUUUGGUUUCAUGUCAGCAGGUUGAUUUAUCUCUGGAUGUCUUACUGUCCAUAGCAUUACUCCAGAUUUAUUGAUUGACAUGAGAGCAAACUACUGUAUAUCUAGAAUGUGAAUAUACAGUACACAUGAUAGUUUGCAAAUUUUUUUUGCAAAUAUAUUUCGUUGACUGGCAACACUGCACAUGUUGUUAAUUUGCAGGGCGUUAAUCUUGUUGGUGUGUGUUGAAAUAGUGUCUUGCAUGAGUUUUAGCAAACAUUGAGCUGCAAUGUUCUUUUUUUUACAUGUGCUUUUUUUCAUGGUACGGUUGAAGUGCAACAAUAAAAAGGCACAUGUAAUGCACAGGCUUAAUCAAAAAUUUUAUAAUAAUAAUCUACAGUAUAAUGGGAAUGUUGUAGUUUAUUCACAGCUUUUAAAGUUGACUAUUGAAUUUAAGGGUUUUGUACACAUAAUGGAAUUUGUGUUACUGAAUGUAACCUUCUGUUUUUGCCUGUUGUAACCAGGGAUCAGACUUUGAGGUGAUGUUGGCAGACAACACUUAUUUAAUCAGUCUCCUACUCAACAUCAUAUUGAUCCAUGGUUGUAAAAGCAGGCCCAACAUAGAUUUUUUUCUUUUUUUUUUGGUGGGUGUAUAUUUACUUUCUGACAUGCAAAACAAAGUGACCUUUGAGAGCCAAGAUUUUUGUUCUGCAAAUAUCAGGGCCAUCUAUGAUGCUGCAUCAUAAAUUUGCACCUUACACACAUUAGGAUUUGUCUUAAAGUAAACACGUAAAACCUUCUGUCCCAUUUUUUAAGUGCAAACAAGUAAAAUUAUAUUUUUAUUGUCUUUAAGUUGACCAAAAGUGCCUUUCUGCCAAAACUUGUUUUAGAAGAGAUUUAAAUGUGCACUGAUAACACUGUUAUGUAGUACUUCCAUGGUUUCCAGUGCUGGGGCUCAUAAAUAUCUUUUAUAUUUUAUUGUAGUGUCUUUAUUCAAUAGAUACUUAGAGGAAAUGUGAAUGUGGAUUUCACCAAAAUCUUCACUCUGCAGUAACAGCACUGGCAUUGUAUCAGGAACGGGUGUCAGUGGCCCCACAUAUGUGGUCUAAUGAAACGGUGCACCCAGUGGUGCCUCGUGGAUAUUUCUGAUGUAGAGAUAUAUGGAACAAAUGUGACAAUGAAAUAAAUUCCAUUCUAUUUUUUUUUUUUUUAAGUCUGUUGAAAAGCACAAUCACUUCAGAGCAUGACAAAGGUUGCCUAAUACACAAAGAUGUCCUUUGUGAAACAGACUUUAUCGGGUGUGUGUAUGUAUGUGUAUGGAAGUGGGUUGUUUAUAAUUCCUGUUGAGACUGAGACCACAACAUUUUCUUUGUUUAUUUUUUUUCUGAUCAUCACUUGAAAUGACUGUUAAUUGUUCACAUUGCCAUAUAGGAAAAUAAAAAUGUUGAAUUCAUGGUUUCACCAUGGAUUAAAAAAUGA